AUCGCGAUUCUUUCGGGCAGUGUCGAUACGAUCGCCGUACUCGUUCGAGCGUUAACGUGUAAGAGAAAAGGGAGACGAGAGAGAAGAGAAGGAGAGGAAGUGAAGGAGAGCAAGUUUCGACAAGUUGGAAUAAUCGGUUCGAUUUCGUCGGUCCUCUUUUCGUUGUCCGGAAGUUCGGAAAGAAUCAACAUGUACAAAUUGGCAAUAAUCGGCGCACUCUUCGUGGUAUCCACCCUCGCUGCACCGGCAUCGCAGGAUGCGGAAGUGGCACCGCCCUCGAUCAUCGAGGAAGCUCUCGACGUGUACGCUUCUUGUUCCGGAGAGUCGAACGUCGCGGUGUGUCUUAAGUUGAAGGCCCUGCGCUAUGUUGAUCGAGUUGUCCGCUCGGCUGACAUCGAAGUCUUCGAUGGGUUCAAGAUCGUGCAGACCGAGGAGGCUAAGAACAGCCGAGCUGACAAUGCAAGGUCUCUUAAUGACAUUGAAAAUACCUUACCAGUUGAGACAGAAGCCAAAGAAGCUGCAAUUGAUCAAGCCCUUGUAGAUAGAGCUGCCAAGUUCUUAUCUACACACACUGUCGAAUUAAGCCUCCCGGAAGACGUUGCCCGUUCCUUUGACGAAGCUCGUGGUAAGAAGAAGAAGAUCGUUAAAUCCCUGUUGCCCAUCCUUCUCCUUCUGAAACUUAAGGCUGCUGCCCUUAUUCCAAUUGCCCUUGGUGCUUUGGCUUUGAUCGCUGUUAAGGCUCUCAUCAUCGGCAAGAUUGCCCUCGUCAUCAGCUUAAUCAUCGCCCUUCAGAAAUUGCUCGCUUACAAGAGCCAAAGUUAUGAGGUAGUCGCUCAUCCCGUCCAUGAUUACGGACACGAGGUGCACCACGAUCAUCAUGGCUGGGCGAGAUCGGCGUCCGGCUCUGAUCUCGCAUAUAACGCGUACAAACCCGCUGAAUAGCCCAAUGUCACGUACAACCUUUCUUCCUUCUAACUUUCUACCUUCAUUCGCCAAAGUGAUCAUCCUUAACCCGGCGAUCACACCUGAGGGAGGCGUGGCUCAACUUCUCAGGGAUCCGCUCGACAAGCUCAGCUCGACAACGCGGACUUAUCGACACAAGAACGACUAGAUCGAACGUAAUUUUACGCGGACAGGUAAAUUACGACUGUUAAACGAGGACGACUACUGGAUUUUUUGUGCGGAUUGCAUCUUUAAUCAAUCACGCGACUCGACGACUUGACAAUACCCAAGCCGACAAUUGAUAGAGAUGCUAUCAAUCGCCAUAGA